AUGAUUAGAAGAUACAGAAGUUUUAUUAAUAUUUCUUUUCUGUUUUAUUGUUUUUUUUCCGUUUCUACAUUUACCUCUUCUCAAAUUAUUUUUUCUACAUAUUCAUUCUUGCGGUCUUCCUUUUCUUCCACAUUUUUUUUCUGUUCUAUCUUUCUUUCUUUCUUUCUUUCUUCUUUCAUUCAUGCCUUUUCUUUCUUUCUUUCGUUGCUUCUUCCCUCCAUUCAUUCAUUCAUUCAUUCAUUCUUUCUUUCUUUCUUUCUUUCUUUCUUUUUUCUUUCUUUCUUUCCAUGCCUCCUCCCUUUAUUCAUUCCUUUCUUUCUUUCUUUCCAUGCCUCCUCCCUUUAUUCAUUCCUUCCUUUCUCCUUUCUUUCUUUCUUCAUUUAUUCUUUCCUUUUUCCUCCCUUCAUUCCUUCUUUCUUUCUUCAUUCAUUCUUUCCUUUCUCCUUUCUUUCUUUCUUUCUUUCUUUUUCCUUCUUUCUUUCUUUCUUUCUUUCUUUUUUCAUUCAUUCUUUCCUUUUUCCUCUCUUCAUUCUUUGUUUCUUUCUUUUUGUUUCUUUUUUUUUUUUCUUUUUCUUUCUUCUUUCUUUCUUUCUUUCUUUCUUUUCAUUCUUUCCUUUUCCUUUUUUUUUUCUUUUUUUCUUUCUUUUUUUCUCCUUUUCAUUUAUUCUUUUCCUUUCUUUCUUUUUUCUUUUCUUUUCUUUCUUCAUUCUUUCUUUUCUUUUCAUUUUUCUUUCUUUCUUCAUUCAUUCUUUCCUUUUUCUUUCUUUCUUUCUUUCUUUCUUUCAUUCCUUCCUUUUUCCUUCUUUCUUUCUUUAUUUCUUUCGUUCUUCAUUCCUUCCUUUUUCCUUCUUUCUUUUUUCAUUUGUUUCUUUUUCCUCCUUACUUUCUUUCGUUCUUCAUUCCUUCAUUUUCCUUCUUUCUUCAUUCAUUCCUUCCUUUUUCUUUCUUUCUUUCUUUCUAUACUUCCUACCUUCAUUUAUUCCUUCAUUUUUUUCCUUCUUUCUUUCUUUCUAUUGUCAUCGCUUUAUUUUUUCCUGUUUUAUACAUCAUUUGUUUGUAGUUUUUUUCUUGAGAAAAAAGAUCGGACUACCAUUGUCUUCGGAUGAUUGUUACAAAAGUCUUUCUUUAGCAAAUCUUUUAAUGACAAUUUCAUUUUAA